AUGGAAAGUGACGACGAAGACGUUAAUUUUUAUAUUAAUCGCGGUGCAUUUACUAUACAGCAGGAAUAUUGGCACAAAUUAUGGAAGCACACCAAGCGUCAUCAUUCAGUAGAAGGUGAAGAGGCUGAAAAUCAAAUCCGAGGAAACCGAUCUCUAUCAAAAGUUCUUGUCCGGAUAGCACCCACAAUUACACCGGGAAUGAUAACAGAGGAGCGAAUUAUUUGUAUUCAAAAUUCUAUCUCUGAUCUUCAUUACAACUUUACUGGUUUACAAUUUUUCGAAAUUAAGAAGAGUAGACCGAUGUCAGGACUGAUGGAGAUUGCAAAAGAUAUGAUUAAAGAAUCGCUACCAAUUAAAUGCUUAGAGGCAGUAAUUCUUUCCAUCUAUUUUACGUGUGGCUUAGAAGGCCUUGAUCGCUUUCCUAUAUCUAUUAAAUCAUGUUUUAAUUCUCAUCAUCACAGACAUGUUGUUUUAGGAAUCCAUUACUCAGGCAGAUACGGAGCUCUUGGAUUAAGUAGACGAAGAACUUUGAUGUAUAAACCAUUAAUAUAUAGAUCGCUUAUGGAUCUAAUUCAACAGUAUAAAACAUCUUCUGAAGAAUGUUAG